AUGGCGGAAUGGGACAAGGAGGAGCAACGACGAAAAGAUCUUUAUGCUGAGCUUCCGGACUCUGAUAUCCGUCUAUUUUCCCUGCAACGAGGCCCUUCAUCAUUUCCACUCUUCCAAUUUUUGCCCGCAGAACUACGAUGCAAAAUAUGGCGAGAGACGUUCGAGCCCGUUAUUCAUGAUAUUGAAUUCUGGCCUCCUUUCUCUUUGACGCCGAUUCCAAUCACACGGCGCAUCAACCGCGAAAGCGACUGGGAGUGCUUCCUCUUCUACUAUGAAGUCCACCAACUAUAUGCGAUACCGGAAUCCUUCAUAUGUAAACUAACGUUCUUCAACAAAGAUCUCGAUACUGUGCGGCUUUGCGGCGAGAUGCUUUACUGGAUGGAGAGAUGGGAGCUUAAGUACUACAGUGCAAGCUCUAUAGUCGUUGAAGAAUGCUUCGCAGUCGCAAAGAAGCUCAUCAUAGUCGUCGAAGAGUUGUUCGAUAGUCGGACGCGGGAUUUCCGCUACCGUCCGCGGGUCCUCGAAGAGUUCAAGAGCAUGGAAGACUUGGUCAUCUUGUGCGCCCCAAUGACGUGCAAAUGCACCUCUACACAUCGAACAUCGGGUACGGCAAUUUACUCGAAUACUUAUAGAAUGGCAGCCUCUUGUCGAGACGAUUUGACUAGGCGAUUCGAGACGCAAGUGAAGAAGGGGGUUCGUAAAAUAAUACCACAGAUCCAUAUCAAACUUCCCUAUCAUCACGAAGGGAAAGCGGAUCGAAUUUUGAAAAGCAUCAAGCAUCUUUUCAAGGAAGGUUGA